CUCAGACUGGGGAGUUUGAACCCGGCCGCAGCCGGCGACUGCUGACGAAUGGGCGAGGCAGCGCCUAAACAACAAGCGCACAACCCGCCAUCGACCGUCGACCAGACUUUGCCUGUUACACCAAGUCCUACUGCCGGCAGCUUUGCAUCACCCCCGGAAGACAGCCCGCGUUCGUUUGGAGACUUUGCCGUCUGCUGCCCACAGCUACCCGGCGGCUCAUUUCUUCGCUUGGCUGCGCCGCUGGUCCGGCCACAGGUGUUUCCCGCGGCCUCCCAGACGACAUCUAUUGUGGAAACGCCCCAGUGUUCGCUACCCACGAGACGUGUGAUUGGCAUUGGGCAACAGCCCGAUAUGGCAUUCUCCACAACUAUCUUGACUAUUUUUGCCUUGACACCGCAGGCAGCGACUUACCGGAUGUCGUGGGUGGGGACAAAGUUGUGGCAGUCUCCCGGAAGCCGGGACGCUAAAGGGUGGUGUAGGUGUAGUAGCGGCCGCUCGAGGUCGGCCGAGCUAGGACUAAGGUGUCCCAUGACUAACCCGGUUCUGUUGACGUCUUCAAUCUGAAAAACGUCGAUUGAACCUGGUGUGGCCAUGCCGGUAUGCCUCACGCCGGGGGUUGUCCCCUGGUCUCGCCAUCUCGACGGGGUUCUCUACGUACUUUGCCUCAGAUGAGAAGUCUCGUACGGACGUCGGUCCUCGGCCCCUGGCUUAGAUCAAGCCUCUCCCGGCAGCCCUUGUUUCUACUUUCGAUGUGUUACUGGUUACCUCCCCACAAACAGCAGGAUUGCUUGCAUGAGGUACG